GGGGGGGGUCCAGUAUAACAUUCAAGCAUUCAAUAGAUAUAGCCUAUUACCAUAAUGUUUUUAUUAUUGUUGUUAUGGGUUGUUGUUGCAUUAAUGUUGCUAGACUAGAGCAUUUCUGCGUGUGUAGCUACAUCCUAGCUAACCAGUUCUUAUUUAUGCUAACAGUCACAGAAAAUGCUGGCCGUGCUCCAACAUGUGCGUGUAGACUCAGACUGCCAGACGCUGUUCAGCUCAGAAUCAGCUGGCUUUUAAAUGUGUAGUUCCAGGACAGCUUGCAGCGCAUCAAACUGGGCCACCGAAAUACACCUGGCAGCCAUCGGAAGAAUCCAACAGCUCCUUUAUCAGCAGAAAGAGCCACCAUGGAAACCGGGAGCCCCAGGAAGAUACAGUUCACCGUCCCCCUACUGGACACCCACCUGGACCCAGAGGCAGCUGAACAGAUCAGAAGACGCAGACCAACACCUGCCACUUUAGUGGCAUCCAGUGAUCAAUCUUCACCCGAAAUAGAUGAAGAUCGUCUCCCAAACCAGCUGUACAAGGCAGCCUUGUUGAACUCCCCUCGACAACGGCGAAAAGGGCAGAAAGGAACACCUACAAUGAAAGAGCUGCAGUUCCUGGUAGAGCACCACCUGUACAGGCAGCAGCAGGGAGGUGGGGACGAGUGCUCCUCGGAGAGCUGCCUGUCGGACCGCCCCAGCCCCGACUCUGUUCCCACCGGGGAGGAGCUCCCACACGAUGAUGAGGCCACUGCGGAGGCCUUUGAGAAACUGCGCUGCCAAAUGGAGGAGUUCUCCAGGGAAAGUCUAUUAGAAGCUGCCGGUGGACUCGAGUGCCCCCUCUCCAAGGAGAAAGAGGACUGUCCCAGCCUUGCCAACGUAGCAGAUCCCGCAUCAUCGCAACAAAACAGUGCACAAGCAGACACAAAAGCAUCAGCAUCCAGCGUGAGUCAGCCCGCGGAGGAGAAGACAAAGAAAAGCAGCCUGGAGAAAGAGAAGUAGAUCGGUCGCCUGUGCAACGCAACGCUGCUCGGCCUGCUCAGCCGGCCCAACACAAUGACAGAAGAUUGUGUCUGCAGAUUUUUAGAUACAUCAGGGCAUCGAUGUUCGUCGACAGUCAGGCCUUAGUUACCAACACAAGAGCAAGAGCAAAAGAUUUCUAUAAGGAAAAAAAUCCUCUGUAAAGGGACAAUUAUUUAAUUAUAAUAUAUUUGUUUUCUAUAGCUUUCCCCCUACAUUAAACUAAAACUAGCUGUAUGUAUGUAUGUAUGAACCAGACCGGGACUUAGUGAAUAUGAAAGAGAGAGUCCUCUCCAGUCUCAGUCACAUAAUCAUCGAACCACCAUGACUCACAUGCAUUAUAUGUUCCCUUCAAAUCUUCAAAGGCAACAAAUAUCAUAUUUGCAAUCGUUUCAGGCAGUUCCGAUCUAUGUGCCAUGAUUUCCGCAAAUUGUUGUUCCAUCUCAAAGCAAUAAACAUGUAUUUGUACCUCACAAGCAACUGGGGCCGAAAACCAUCACUUUUAAAAUCUGAAUGCCGUCGUUUAGUCGCAAUGAGUUCAGCGCCGCUACUUAAAUCAGUCCACAGCACAUCUGGGUCACUUUGAAUGAAAAACUAAAUGUACGUAUGUUUACAGUUGUUUGAUUGGACACACUGGCAAAUAUGUUCAAAGAUUUCCAACUGAAAUAAAAUGGCAUGUUUUCCUUUCAUCUACGAGGUAUAACAGCGUACAUACGUGCUGUGUAAAUCACUUUAGUGUUCUUGUGCUGUGCUUUGAGAAGAAAAAAAAUACAAAAGUGAGAAAUUUAUGUUAAAUAUAUAUUUUGUUUUCAUGAUGGUGAACCCCUAGUUUUACAUAGAUGGAAACAUUCAUUCAUUCAUUCGUACAUUCAUUCAUUCAUUCAUUCAUACAUACAUUCAUUCAUUCAUUCAAUCCACCAGCUAUACAAGAGUCACAGCAUUUAAACAGCCCACAUUGGCUCUCCUGCUACAGUCUCCUUCUUAUCUAACUUACUAACACAAACACACGUCUCGUCCUGAACCUUAGCUUGUUGAACAAGCGACCAAACAAACUGCUGACGUCAGCAGUUGCCUCAGCCGCUCGGCUGCAGCACAUUAAACGUCAUGUAAACACUCCCAGAGAUGCUGCUGUGUUCCUUAUUAUGUGAUACUGCCGACAACACACUGUGUGCCAUAUGACAUACAGGCAGCAAACAGAGGUCAGUCUGCUGGCAGCGGUCAGUCAAACACAGACAUGCCUCUAGAUGCUGAAAUGAAAAGGAGCAUUUCUGAUUUUUUUUCUCCUCUUUUUUUAGUCAUAAUCAACAACUAACAAUACAUUUUAACGAAAGUAAAGUACCAGUGUGAAGUAUUUAGUGACAUCAUGUGGUGAGGUUGUAGUUUGCGACCAACUGAAUACACCUCACCUCACAACUAAUGAUGUAAUAAUUAACUGGUUAAUCACUAAUUACAUCGUUUUCUUCCAAAUCUCAUCAUUUUAGGCCUCUUGUGAUAGUUUAAAGCUGCUGUAAGUUAUAUAUUUCUAUUAGAAUAAAUGUUAAAUAGCUCAAUCCUCCAACAGUAGUCACUGUUACUGUGUGUUGGGUUCGUAAACCAUUUCUCUCCUCCCCCUGCUCAUGUAGUAAAAGGAAAAAAGACAUAUUCUGGUAUUCCUGCCCACUUUAUCCAAUCAGGCAGAGAGACAGCUCCUGGUAACAGAUAUACAAUCAAAAAGGCCAAGCAAUGAAAAAGGCUUGAAGCUGUAGAAAUGUGGGGAUUCAAGAGGAAGGAGGGGAGAGGAAGUUAGCUAAAAUAACAGCACCUACAGCAGCUUUAACAUUUUCCAUCUGGCAAUGCUAGUUCUGGGUUACUGUACAAACAUGUUGGACUGAACAUGGACUGAGGAAGCACUUCUGUAGAUAGACAAGGCUCAUUCUGAGGUCAAGAAAACAAUGAUUUUUAGUUUCAGGUGAUUACACACCAAUGAAAACCUAAUUAUAAGUAUUAUAUUCCAUUUGUGCCAAUAGAUUCCCCCCAAUCUUAGACACUGGGCCUCUAACAACAAUGAUAUUGUGUAUUUUUACAGUAAUAUACGUAUAACAAGACUUUCACCAGCUGAUUGUGUGGUUGUAAAUCUGUAGUUAAGAAGCAGGGUACAUGUCUGCAGAUGCAUUUACAUAUUUCCAUUUAACAAGAGAAGAACCCGUCUCCAAUGAGCAAACUUCACCCUCAUAGCUGACACUUGAAUGCUUUCUUGGGAUCUAAACCCUUGUUCAUAAAACAACUCCUUGCAUGGCACUGAAUGUUCAGCGACUUCUUUUCCAAGCCCUGGGUCUUUAAUUGCACUUCAUGAUGUACGGGAACUAAUUUAAACCAGACAUUAAAUACUGGGCACAAAUUGUAAUCAAUGGCAUUUCCGUUUUUAGCUCUAGUUUUGUAUGAAACAAAGACAUAAAAACCAUCACUACAC